GCAUCUAAAGAAAAGGGACCCGGGUAAAGAAUGAGAACAUACCUUUGUAUUCCCAAUGACUUAUGGGAACGUUGUUGUUCUGGGACCCCUGUGGAAUCGUCUUCGAAAAUGGAAAACGAAAGGUCGGGAAAUCUGGAAACAAGCUCUAGCCAAAACUGAAUCUAAUUCAAAAUGCCCACUAUGAUAGAGAAGUCUCAUGUAAUAUUUGAGAAAAGUGGACAAGCACCUUCGCCAUCAAAAGAUUUUCACCAGCUUUUGGUGACUGAUACACUUGUAAUAUGGAGAACAUGGAGAAUAUCCUUGCGAAAAGAUCAAAUGGGGAUGCCACCAAUGCAAAACAAACAAUCCCACGAAGAUUUUUAUUAUGAUACUACAGUAACAGCAGACGUCAAACGUGUGUUUGGGGAGGACGUUAUUCGCUACGUGGAAUGUAUUGUUAACCAUGACUGGCUUCUCCGUAUGAAAGACGAAGUUUUAGUUCUGAUAUUUUCUUACCUUAACUUACCUGAUAUUGCUCAUCUCUCGAGUGUUUGUCGACAUUUUAGAGCAAUUUGUAAUGGAAAUGAGCUGUGGAAAAAAAUUUAUCUGGCCCAUAGCUCCAAGGUAACGUCAAAUGUUGAACAAUUAGGGGGAGAAAUAGGAUGGAAGAAGAUGUUUUUUACAAAUAAACUUCAGUUGCAAAAGGAAGCCUCACGUUUACGUAAAGCUGCUAGCUAACAGUCAACAUUAAAGAUAUCAAGUUAAAUAUUUGGCAGGGAAGUCCAUGUAUGAUUUUCAAGAAGUUUUGAAGUUUGCGAACUUUUUUACUAAAAUAUUAUCAAUCUAUGCUGUAUAUAUUAUCAUUUCUAAAGUUAACAUAUAUAUAUUUACUUUUUUGUUCAAAAUAUACCAAUAUAUUCAGAUAAACUUAGAAUAAAAA